AUGGCAGAUAAUGUGCCAAUUGAUAUCAUCCGUUCCCACCAGGAUGAUAUAGACAGAGAGAGCGCAAAACAGGAAAAGAAUCUUGAUUCACAAUCAGCAUCACUGAACAUCGAUGAAGAUGAGAAAUAUAAGCGCGAUGUAGCCCCGGACGGAGGCUAUGGCUGGGUUUGUGUCGCCUGCGUUUUCUGGAUUAAUGCGCAUACUUGGGGUAUCAAUAGCGUUACUAUUCAGAGUUACGGAGUCUUUCUGAGCCAUUACCUCUCAAAUGAUGUAUUUCCAAACACAUCUGCCCUAUCUUAUGCCUUCACUGGCGGCUUGAGUAUCUCCUGUGCCCUUCUGGUGGCUCCGUUGGCGACGUGGAUGAUCCAAAAAUGGGGCACACGACUUGUGCUAAACUUGGGCGUCUUCUUCGAAACCCUCUCUCUAAUAGGGUCCUCAUUCGCAACCCAUAAAUGGCACAUAUUCCUCAGCCAAGGUGUCUGUUUCGGCUGGGGAAUGGGCUUUCUCUUCGUGGGCAGUGUCGGUAUCACUCCGCAAUGGUUUGACAAACACCGUAGCGUGGCGAUGGGCAUCAACGCGGCCGGGUCUGGUCUCGGCGGCCUGAUCUACUCCCUCGCAGUGGGCGCCAUUAUCCCGCGAUACGGGUUGGGCUGGGCGUUCCGCAUUUUGGGUAUCAUUUCCUGCGUCGUGAACCUGGUCUGCUGUAACUUGCUCCGAGACCGCAAUAAGGCUGUCGGCAGUAGAUUCACGGCUUUCCAUCUGCCCCUCCUGCGUCGUCCGGAGUUUUUGCUCUUCCUCGGAUGGGGUGUGUUCAGUAUGCUCGGCUACGUAGCCCUGCUGUUCAGCGUUGCCAACUUCGCCCUCUCUGUCGGCCUCUCGUCGCACCAGGGAAGUAUUGUCUCCGCGCUACUCAACCUCGGCCAGGGUCUCGGCCGUCCGUUUGUUGGCAUGUUCAGUGACCGGCUUGGUCGCAUUAAUAUCGCUACUUCCCUCACAUUCCUCUGCGGUCUGUUCUGUCUUGCCGUCUGGACUUCUGCUGAUAGUAUGGGCGUGGUAUGCUUCUUCGCUGUUUUGGUUGGCACUGUCGCAGGAACGUAUUGGGCUACUGUUUCUCCCGUUCUCGCGGAGAUUAUUGGUAUCAGAGACCUCCCUUCCGGCUUAAGCAUUACUUGGCUCACGCUUGUUGCCCCUUGCACUGUCUCCGAGGCUAUCGCACUUCAGCUCCGCAGCCAUGAUGUUGGUGGUGGGACUUCAUAUCUGCGUGUUCAGUUAUUUACUGGCUUCAUGUAUUUUGGUGCUUCCUUGUGUUUGUGGAUUGUCCGUGGUUGGAAGGUCGGCGAGUUGGAGCGUUCUCGGAAACGCCGUGAUUCUGUUCAACCUGGCCCGCUAACUGGAAGCGACGGAAAUGAGAAGCAAACCCUCCCUGCGACUAUUUCCCCGGCCUUGGAGGCCGAAACGAAUGCUCCGUUGUGGGCCCCAGUCAGCUUAGUUCGCAGAAUGAUUACUUUGAAAAAAGUUUGA